CCUCUUCUCCAGCAAAUGGAAGAGUGGGGAGAGCCUUAUAAACCAGGCCAUCUCUCCGUUGCCGAGUUAUUCUGUGUUAGAUGUUGUGAGAGAAGUGAAACAAGGCGAUCGCAAAGCUACAAAAUGAGCGCAAAGCAACUUGUGUUGUUAGCUGCCGCUGUAUUUCAACUCAGCUCAGCUGCCGUUCUAAAGGAUGGGUCAGAAGUUCCCACCUACCUGUCACCAUGCAUCAGAAAUACCCCAGAAUUCAACCAGUGCAUCAGAAAGGCUCUCCAACUGUUGAUGGGAAAGCUAAGCAAGGCUGGUAUCCAGGAGUUGGGACUUGAAAGCGUGGACCCUCUUAGCAUAGCUGAGCUGGAGAUGACUUACAACGGUGGAGACCCCGUGAUAGGUGCUGACGUCACACUCAAGGAUACCAUCACCAGAGGGUUCUCAGCUAUCAAGGUCAUUGAUGUCAGAUCGAAGACAGACGAUCCGAACUUUUUUGGAAUGGACAUUGAUUUCUAUGUGCCCCGUAUUGUGACCAAUGGCAAAUACAAGAUGGAGGGUCAUGUUGGAAACUACCCUGUCAAUGGAGCUGGCGAUUUCAAUAUUACCACAACCGAGGUGACAGGCACAUGGAAGCUGAGAGGUACACCAAUUGUAGAUGACGGGGUCACCUACAUCAGGAUAGACCGCAUGACUGUUAGGCCAGAGAUUGGUGGACUUAAGGCGCAUGCCUCGAACCUCAUCAAUGACAAUCCUGAACUUAGUCAAAUUGUGCUGGCUUUCGUGAACCGAUUCUGGAAGGUUCUCUACCAGGAAAUGAUUCCCUACGCUGAGGAGCAUUUCGAGAAAAUUCUCAAGGGAAUUGUCAACAAGAUCUUCCUGAAAAUUCCCUACGACCAGCUGUUCCCACCUGCAAGGCUUGAGUGAAAACGGAAAUCCAAAAGAUAUUCUCAAAAAUGUUGGGUAAAACACAAAAAUACAAGAGGAUAUCCGAAAAAUGUUGAGUGGAAGUGAAAAUCCAAAAGGAUAUUCUCGAAAAAUUAUGUGUUAAAAUUUAAGUCCAAAAUAUGAUACACUAGUGUUGUGUGAAAAUGAAAAUCCAAAAAGAUAUUUCCAAAAAUGUACAUAAAAAUACUAUUAGUUGCUAUUGUGUAAGAUAAUAAUACCGAAUUAUUUCAAUGAAUUUGUUCUAUGCAGAGUGAUUUUCUAUAACCUUGAGAAGGUGUUCAUCUUAAUGUUCUAAAGAAAUUGAUGUAAUAUCAAUCAAUAUAAUAUUGUUUUCAUUGAAUCUGUAGAUAAAUCAGUGGGCCUAAAUCUCAUAAAAGAUUCAUGUUACUUCAAGAAGACAAAUUAAUGAAAACAAUAUAAAAACUUGUACUAUCGUACGGUACCCUUCAUUAUAAAAAAAAACUUUAAAAUAUUUCAACGACUAGUUUCAGGCUUUUUCAAGAAAACAGUAUUUCUGAAUUAUUAGAAUAGCUUCUAAAACAUUAGAAAAUAAUAGGUAACAUCUUAGUAACUAUCAUAAAAACUGAACAUCAGUAGGCCUUAAUAAUAAAAUAUAGCCUAAUAAAUAAUUGUUCUUACCUCUGAUAUGAUUUAGAUAAUAAAUUAUUAUCCAUGCUGUAAGAUUCAUAAUGAUAGUUCAUGUACGUUGAGUAGCUUACAUCUUGAAUUAGAAUUCUCUUAUAAAUAAUGUUUCUAUUUGAAUGAAACUGAUUUAAAAGCGUUGAGUUUUAAAUGAGUUUUUUAUUCAAUAAUAUCAGUACUAAUGAACUCCACUCUAUAUCAACACUUUGUACUUAUUCUGCAAAUAAAAUUCAUGAAAGAUUGUA